AUGGCUGAAAGACAGGUUGAUGCCCAUGCGUCAGGUUACAAGACUCAUGUAUCUUCGCCUUCUUCUUUGUCCUCCCGUAGCAGGCGAGGGUCCCCUGCCCAUGCCUCUCCGCCUCCAUCUUCACGUAGACGUGUGAGUUCACCUAUUCAGACACCUGAGGCAAGAGAGACAUCCCAGGCCCAAGCGACACUGGGGGAACUUGAGGCAUCUCAAUCCCAUGCGGCACUUGAGGCAUCUCAGUCUCAGGCGACUGAGGCAGCACCUACAGCACCUCAUGGUUUCAAAGGAGGCCUAUUAGACUUAUCACUACUGUCUCUUUACCCUGACCAUGUUGAACUUUAUCCACUAAAAUUCAUCAACCAUGUGCGGAAGAUCACUCGCCUAGAAGAUCCCAAUGAGCCGUGGUUUCAGAAACUUUUGCAGUUAUCAGGGAUUCGAGACUUGAGUAAAGCUAGUUACAUUACAGCUGACCAUGGUAAGCUUAAUGCGUUUGUGGAGAGAUGGCACAUGGAGAUGUCAUCAUUUCAUCUAACACAUGGUGAGAUGUCUAUCACACUGGACGAUGUCUCAUGUGUGCUUUCAUCUUCCGAUUAA